AAGUGCUUCCUCUUUCACCAUUAGACUCAGUUCAAAUACGGUACAAUCGUCUUAAUUAGCUGUCAGUAUUAAAUGCAGUUCAAUAGCUGAAGAAAGUUUUCGGGGCAGGACUGCACUCCAUUUGGACAGACCUGACCUAGGAACCGCUGACUCGGACAAUCCGGAACAAAAACAUCGUCGGACGAAUCUUCGGGUUCCAGUCAAAAUUUGCAAUGGGGAGCUAAACUUAGACUUAGCAUGUCUGACUCUCACAAAAACAAGAAAUGAAGGAAAAGGAAACAACGUUCUAAGAUUGAAUUUACAUAUUGUACUCACGCAUCGUAACUGUCAGCUAAGAGCCGCGGAUAUACAAGAUGGAAGACGAUAUCUCGGAGGGAAACUGUAACUACUCAUCAGGAGCUCCUCUUCCCCUCUCUGCCCUGCGCCUCCUGGUCUCUCCACUUCAGCUGGUCUCAGCAGCGAUGUGGCAGACUCUACAGCAGAAGGUUGUGGCUGACUAUGGGAUGGUUGAGGAGUUUGUGUCCAUGGUUACAGACAUCGUUCCAGAGCUACUCACCAGCCAACAGAGGGCCCAACUCAUCCUGGGCCUCAAAGCACGGCUGAUCCUGGAGUUGUGUCAUCCUGAGUCUCCUGCUGAUGUUGAGACUGUUCAGCACCACCUGGACAGGAUGCAAAUGUUCGUGGAGGCAUGGCUCAUGGAGGCUGGUGAUACAAAUAUCGACUUGCCACACUCAGACUUUGUGGAUCUUGUCAGGAGCUUGCUAAAAAAUCCUGACCAGAGGGAACACUUUUUUCAGAAAGUUUUCCCUGAAGAGUUUGGUCCCACAUAUGAUAAAGCUCUUCACACCUUAAUGUGGCGGUUUUUGUCCAGACUUGAAAUGUUUCUUCCUCAUCAAACUGUCCAACAGGUUGCAUCCAUGCUGGGUGAGGUGUCCUCAGUUCUAGAGGACUGCAUGCAGUCUGUGUUUCAGCAGGAGGAACUCAAAACUCUGCUGCAGUAUCAAAAAGACCUCACCAAACUGGACCACAAAGAAAGUUUCUUGGAUGGUACCUGUAUCAUCUCAGCCCUCAAGCUUCCCUUUGGAGAAAGAACGGAGACACUUGAAGUGCAAACACAAGACAACAUCUGGGAUGAUGUGCUGACGUGUACGUCAGAUUUGGAGAAGGGAUCUUUAAGAAUGUCUCAUACAGCACAAAAUAAAACUGACACAACCACAGAUCACCAGUCAAGUGAGUCAAAGAACGAAAAAACUAUUCAGACUUCUAAAACAAGACAUGAAGAAAAUGUAGACCUUCCAAUUCAAGUGAAGGAUGCUUACCCUCUAAAGGAGUGUCAGGUUCGAAUAAAAAGACUUGACAUGCCGGUGUCUUCACUUAGCCGACCUGUGAGACCAAACAGAGGCCUGAGAAUGAAGAAGUUUCUGCUGGAGGAGAAACGAGGACUUUGUGAAGCUCUCCCUAACAGCAAAUCUGCUUCAAGGAAAACAAAAGCGUCUAACAGGCCACCUCCAGCAGUCUCAGACAAUAAGGAUUCAAGCGACCUCAACAAAGACUCCUCCUAUAUUGCUCCUAUCAGUGAAGACGACUCCUGGUCUUAUUAUUCCGAUGAGGGCUCUUGCCAUAAGACUUUUAACAGUGGUUCCAGUGAAGCUGAUUCAUGGUCUCACUACUCAGAUGAUGACUCUUCAUUUGUGAGUCCUGUCAGUAGUGCUGCUGAAAAUGAUUCGAGUUGCUCAAAUGAGAACCCUUUCCUCUUGGCUCCUAAAAAUGUAUCCGCUGCUGGCAGAGAGCCAGGCAGCUCCGACAGCAGAGGUAAACCUCCAAAAAAGAUUCAUAAAGUCCAGUGUUUUAUCUGCAAAGACCAUGUGCACACAAGCCUGAGAACUCACAUGAAAAUCCACUUUCCCACCGAUGAUUACGCCUGCCCUCGAUGUGACAGCAGGUUCAAACUCUUAACAUCUCUUAAGAACCACUUAAACAAGACCUGCUAUGAGUACGGUCAGCAGCACAUAGAUCCAGAAAAGCCGGACGAAGCCCAGAAUCUUUACAAAUGUGACAAAUGCGAUGAGGCAUUUAGGUACAAAGUUUCACUGCAAAGGCACAUCCUAACCCACAACGAACUCUACUGCAGUGUGUGCAGAAAGGUGCUACGAGAUGCAGCAACGUUAGCAAGGCACAAGGCCUCACACACUCUGUUUCAGUGCAACCGCUGCGAUGAGUCCUUCACUCUGUUCAAGCCCUUGCUCAGGCAUUGUGAAAACAUCCAUAAAAUAAGCAGGCCAUUUAAAUGUAACCACUGUCCUAAAAGUUUACCCAGGCUGCGCUUUUUAAUCAUACAUGAAUGGCACCACACGGGUCACCUGCCGUUCCAGUGUGCUCAGUGCAGCUUGAGGUUCAAAUCGGAUGCAGACCUCAUUUACCAUGAAAGAGUUCACACCAGAGAGAAGCCCUACCUGUGUGCAGAGUGCGGCAAGACUUUCUCUCACAAGUCCAACCUGUUGAGGCACUUGAACCUCAUCCACAGCGAGUCUCGAAAUGAGAAGAAGCAUUCUUGCUCUCAGUGUGAGAAAUCCUUCAAAGAGAAAGGAGCCCUGAAAAAACACCAGAGGAGCAAACACUUUAAUGAAUUCUUCCGUAAUCCGUGUCCGUACUGUGAAAAGAUGGUCUCAGCGUCGACAAUGGCUCGACAUAAGUUAAUCCACACAGGAGAGAGACCUUUCAAAUGCACUGUGCCUGAAUGUGACAAGUACUUCAGAUCGACCUCUGAAGUGAAGAGGCAUGUCCUUAUACACCAUACUACAGAGAGGCCAUAUAAAUGUGAGGUCUGCGGAAAGGGCUUUGUAAAAAUGUGUUAUCUCAAUGCACAUGCAAAAAUACAUUCAGGAGAGAAGCCAUUUGUUUGCCAUAUCUGUGGCAAGGCUUUCCCCAAGGUCUACAGCAUGCUGAGACAUAAAAAGCUGCUUCAUACAUUCAUUACACGUCCCUCUCUUUCCCUCUCUUCUCUGCGCCUUCUGGUCCCACCGAUUCGACUGGUCUCUGCAGCCAUCUGGCAAACUGUGGAGCAGAAAGUUGUGUCGGACUAUGGGCUGCUUGAGGAGUUUGUGUUUAUGGUUACGGAGAUUGUUCCACAACUUCUCUCCACAAGGCAGCGGGCUGAACUCAUUUUGGGACUCAGAGCACGCCUGAUUCUGGAGCUGUGUCGCUCUGAUGACACCGCUGACAUCCAUGUCAUUCAGCCACACCUUGACCGAAUGCAGAACCUCAGAUCUUUGUGGAGUGUGGAGACUGCAGCAGAGCAAGACGUGUCUGACUGUCAUUUCAUGGGCCUUGUCAGAAAUCUGCUGAGAGAUCCUGAAGAGAGAAAAAACUUUUUCCAUGAUGUUUUCCCAGGAGACUUUGGUCCCACGUAUGACAAAGCAAUCCAGACACUGAUGUGGCUGUUUCUCUCCAGACUUGAAAAGCUUCUUCCAACCCAAACUCUCCAGCAGAUUGCCUCACUCCUCAGUGAUUCCUCCUCUAUUCUGAAUGAAUACAUGGACACUUUCACUCAGCCUCAGGAGCUCAAAGUCUUGCUGGACACUCAGAAAGAUCUCGGCCAGUUAGAUGACAUUGAGUCUUACAUUGUUGACAGUGGAAUCUUGUCAGCCCUGUGUCUCCCUCCUGUGGAGAGAGUCGUGAUUGUCAACGAGCAGACGGGCACGGAUGCAGACAGUGGCCUUGUGUAUACUGUCUGCACAGAGAUGGAGGUGGAAUCAGAGAACAAAGAGGUGUACAUGGAGGGAACUGGGAGCUCUGAACAGUGUGUGCAAACCCAGUGGUUCGGUCUUGGCACUGAUGUGAAAGCGGAAAUGGACACUGUGGUGGUAACAGAUCCUGCUGAAGGUGCCGAGGCCAGCGAGAGUGAAAUGGCAGAUGACCACCAGGAUGAUCAAUCCGAAACACUUAUCAUUGGGGAGGACGGCCAAGUGACAGUGCUGGACGGUGUGGAGAAGAAGCCAAACAGGCGUGGCAGGAAAAAGAAAAUCACUGUAGAUGAAGACUAUGAAGUGGGAAGUGGAGCAAGAGGGAAAAAAGAAGAUGCAGGAAUUGAUGUCUUGUGGGAAAGACCUGUGCGAAAGAACAGAGGACUCAAGAUGAAACGCUACCUGUCACAGUGGAGGAAAUCUGGCAAGACACAGGGCAGCACUGUUAACAGCGGCCCUAAAAAGUUUGCCAAAAGCAGCGACUUGGACGACAGAACAUGCAAAGUGUGUGGCAAGGUGGUGAGUCAAGCCAAGUUUUUACAGCGCCACAUGAACCAGCACUCGGAGGAACUGCCUCACUGUUGUCCUGUGUGCAAAAGGUUUUAUAAGAGCUUGCGCUACUUGCAACAACAUAAAUGUACAAAGGGUGGCAGGAAAUCCAAGGAUCAAGAGACGGCAGCAGACAUGGGUGAACAGUCAUCUAGUGGGAUGACAACCAGUGCAGAGCAGCCGUCGGACAGCACCAUCCAAGACCAAGAUUACUCCCUGUCUGACAAAGAAUUAGGAGAGAAAAGCCCUGAUGGAAAUAAAAGUGUGCUAGAAGGUCCAUUCUACUGUCCCCACUGCAGUGUUGAGUUCAAGUGCAAACAAACGUUCAGGUUCCAUUUAAGAAACAUUUGCUACACUGAGCAGCAGGUGGAUCCUGAGAGACCUGAGGAUGUUAAGCAUUGCUUCAGGUGCGAUGAAUGCGACAAGGCCUUCAAGUACAAGUCGACAUUGGAUUCCCACAAACAGACUCACAACCCACUCUACUGCGAGGUGUGUAUGAAGCUAGUGCGUGACUCAGAAGCAUUGGCAAUGCACAAAGAAUCCCACACACCGUUUCAGUGUAACCGCUGUGAGGAGAACUUCCCUGUGUUCAAGGCCCUUCAUAAGCAUUACAUUGACGCCCAUAACCCCACUGAGCCUUACACCUGCUCCCACUGUCAGACAACAUUUGCCAGUUUGAAGCGUUUUAUCAGGCAUGAGUGGAAACACACUGGUUACCAGCCAUUUCAGUGCCCUCAUUGCAGUAAAAGAUUCCGAUCAUACUCAGACCUUGUGGAGCACCAGAAAAAACACACAAAAGCGUAUCCAUUCCUUUGCUGGGAGUGUGGCAAGAAAUUCAGACAUGGCGUUACGCUGACGAGGCACGUGGAGCGGGUACAUCACUCCGGCGAACCUGUGACUGAGAAACCCACACCGACCUUCACCUGCGCUCAGUGUGGCAAGACCUUCACUUCCAGGAGGUGCCUUCUGAAACACGACAAUUUCCAUCACAAAGGGCUGCGUUUCCCAUGUGAGCACUGUGGGAAGGGAUUCUUUGGCAAGGACGCGCUGGUGAGGCACACUUUGAUUCACACAGGCGAGAGGCCUUUCAAGUGCGAUGACUGCGAUAAGUCUUUCAGAUCCGCUGCAGAAUUAAAGAUCCACAGGAGGUACCAUACCGGGGAAAGACCAUUUAAGUGCAACAUCUGUGAAAAGGGUUUCGUUCAGUCCUGUUUUCUUACUCUACACAUGCGAACCCAUACUGGAGAGAGGCCAUAUGUUUGUACAGUGUGUACCAAGGGUUUUUCAAGCUUGCAUGGCCUAAAAAGACACAGGAGACUUGUUCAUGCAUAGUUGGGUGUUUUUUGUUUUUUUUCAUGAUACUAAUUCCCACAAGGAUGUUCAGUUUAUCAGUCCUUAUGAAGGAUGUCAGCAUCAGCUGCAGACCAGAGCUUGAGGCAUGGCUGAGGAUUUAAUCCUGUGUAGAUGCUGACCAUGAUGGGAACAUAACACCAGGUUUUCCAGUUGAAGGACAUUUUCUGUAAAAUGUCAGCCUCAUUGCUAUCGCCAUGGCUGGGAUUGUUAGUGUCAUUGUACAGUGCAUUAUACAAAUGUAACUUUGUAUUUUUUACAGAAGAGUUUGCUGUAGCGCUACAAAAGAUUUGUAUGUAUUAACAAUAUAAACAUUCAUUCCUUUGGGAAUCUUCUUUUUUUUUUCUUGAAUAAAUUGAAUGUUGCGUUCAAA